GAUUCGGAGAAGCCGCUGUCAUCCCGGAAGACACUUGUUGAGUGCAGCGAUCAAGGCAGCAUCCCAAUGAGUGUGGACUCAUUCGAGUUGUACCACCUCAAGUUGAGAAAGAUGAGCCUGGAAGACCCUUUCCACGCCAUGUGGAAAUCCAUUUUGGGGGGGCUGAAGGCUUCUGGCAAGUAUGCGUGCGUGAGCUUGUGCAGCAUCUGGCUCAAUCUCAACGACGGACCGUGGAACUCCCAAAAGUGGUUCGUGACCACUGAGGAAGGCUGGAGGGAGUUCAAAGGCAUGGUGGCAGCCCAGGGCGGAAGCGACCCCUUGCUUGCCGCCAUCCACGAGCGGAGCCAAAGAUUUGGCUUGCAGGUGAGCUUGAGUGAUCUGAAGCUCGAUUUGGACAAAGGCAACUUCUCAACACUGCACCGGAGAGUCACACGUGGGACGCAAUUUCAAUGCCAUACAAACCUGACGCGUGCUUGGCUUCAGUCGCAGAAUGUUAUACGGCAGCAUGACAGCGAAGCCAAGGCGAUCCUUGCAAACGAAUCAUUGAUGCGGACGGCUAUCUAUAUCGUCGAGGCAAGCAAUGCGGCGCGGAGCUGGUAUUCCACUACACGCAGCAAUCUUCGAGACAGGCCCUCCUGCGCCAAGUUCAACAUCGACAUGGCCUCUGGGAAAGCCAUCAUGUCUGGCAUCAGUGGCCUGCUGCAGCCACUUGCGGAUGCAACAACAUUGCACGCAGCUGGACUUCGAGUGGAAGGCUUCAGUGGCAACAAGUCCGUCGACAGCUUGAACAAGGAGUCAGUUCUGCUGUUGGAUCAGGAUGUCCUUGCUGCGGAUCUGUUCAAGAUAUCGACCUCGAUGCUCUUCGCCUGGCUGACAUGUGCCACGGUCCGAAUGUUUGCCUUUCCUUCUGCUUUCCUCGGGCUGAUUGACGAUGAUGCGGAGGAUGCCUGA